AUGUCGCCACCGUCGAGGCUAGCGUCCGCCUCGGCGUCGUCGCGCCCUUCCCUUCUUUCUUCUCGUGCAGGGCCUUCGCCGCUCAAGUCUUCUUCCGGCGCGACCCCAGGCACCGGCGACCGUUUGGCGUGCGUCCUCGACACCCAUGCGGCAGGUGAGCUUUCCACUCCUGCUGCGCUCCGCUCGCUUACCCUCUUGGCGUCGGACAGCCCCGUCGUCGCCGGGGGCAGAAGCCUCGCCGCUGUCGCGGAGCGACUUGUCCGGAGCUUUCGGCGGCCCGGAGACGCCUGCGGGACGAGGGACCAGCGGCGCGAGCACAAAGAUGGAAAACCCCAGAGAGACGCCCCGGCUGCGGCGUCUGCCGCUGGCGGGGACGGUCACCCCGAGGGCGAGAACGACGCAGCGCGCGUCUGUGUGGCGUGUGCCGUCUCCGAUCUCUGGAUAGACAGGGCCCAGGCUUUCCUUCGGCUGCUGUGGACAGAGGCGAACACGCAGCGGGGAGACAUGGGGCUGCUUCUCGCCGCCACGUCAGCUGGAGCGGCCUCCGGCGGAGCGGCAGGCAGCCGCGCAGCGCAGAGACGGCGCAGGAAGAAAGAUCGAGAACAAAGGGAGGCCUUCUCGCUCGCAGCCUGUGCUCGCGACGCCGAGGACGGAGAGGAGAGAGAAGAGACAGGCGGCGGGGCGGAGAGACGCCUGGACGGAGACAGCGGUCUCCAAGAGGGCGCUGCGCUUGUGAAGGAUGCCACCGCACUCACCCAGGCCAUCGCCGCGAGAAUCCGCGACGAAGCGAACCGCGAACAGUUCUGUCUCCCGACGCUGACGUCGCUCGUUCGUCUUCUUCACCGCCUCGCGCUCGUGCCUCUGCUCCAGCCGUCCUCGGGUCUGCCGCCGGAGACACUUUCUCCCGGGGGAUCCGUCGCGUCGUCCCCCCUUCUUGUGGAUCUUUUUCCUCCCCUUCGCCGCGUUCUCCGCGACAGCGUUGCCGCUGUGCUUGACGUCCUGGGAAUGAAACACGGCGCGGGCUUCUCGGUGUCCGAAGAAGAAGAUCGCUUAACGUUAAAGACAGCGUGUGCGGAAAUGCUUCAUCACGUCCUACACCAACCUGCCAGCCUGUCUCUCUUCUCCUCCUCUCUGGCGUCUCUCACUUCUUGUCUCCGGUCCAGCUGUUUCGAUCUCGCCUUCGACGAGAACGAGGACUUGGCGUUUUACGGCCGCUCCACGCUCUGUCGCUUAACUUGGAUCUUCCGCCGCGCGUCCUCCGCACCGGCCUCUCUCGCCUCUUCCAGCCCGUCUUCCGCUUCGACCUCGCCCGUGGCGCAGGACGAGAAGCAGGACCGCCUGCUGUCCUUUGAGGGCGUCUUCGAGCAGACGCUCAUCAUUUGCGACGGUCUCUGCGGUCUGUGCAACGCGUUCCUUGAAUCGGCUUUCGACGGAAGCCUGACGAGAGGGGCGGUAGAACGGAGACAGUCCUCGGGCAAUCCGCCCCGCAUGCAGGCGCACCAAGGGCGGCAGCCACCCGCCGCGGGGGCCGGACGUGCACUUCCGCAGGCUCCCCAGAAGGUUGCCGAGGGCAAGAGCGCGGCAGAAGAGAACGAUGAGCUAGAAGCAGCCGCGCUUUCUCCAGAUGCAGCAAAGCGCCUACGCGCGAAGAACGAUUUCCAGCGGGCGACGCGCGCGAUUCAGCUGCUUCGAGAUCUCCUUCUCUUUGGCGGCGGUCAACCCGUCCCGAAGGAAGGCGCCCUUGGAGUCUCUCUCGCUCCCUUUGAGCGCGAAGGCGGCCGCUUCCUCGUCGUCAACUUUUCCCCGUGUUUAGAUCUCCUUCGCGCGUUUCUCGAAGGCGUCUUGUUUGCGUUCCACCAAAAAGCUGCAGAGCGUCUGGACAAAGCCGGCAGCACAGCUCGCGAAGACUCGGAGGAGGCGGACAGCGAGGCGGAAAGUGCAGCUUUGUCUGUGUCGGACCAAGACGCGGAAGAAGAAGAGAACCGGGGACGCAAGCGCGGCAGAGACGGCCCAGUCGCGUCGCACGGAAACUACAAGCAGCUGGGUGGCCGCCAGGAUGGCCACGGAGACCAGAGGGAGAAUGGGAAGAAAGGGUCCAAGUGGAUGAAUGCCAAAGCGAAGCGGAGACAGCGGCAUCUCGGGGCGUCGGCCUCAGGUCCGGGCCUUCAGGGACGCGAGGAGGGAGACGCCACGGACGACGAAGACGGCACUCGAGCAGAACCAGAUGCGGCGAGAAGUAAAAACGCGGGCGAGGUCUCGCUGACGAACGCUGGCCACGGACAGGAGCAGUCCUUCGCCCUCCUUCAGCAUCUCGCAGAAGCUGACGUCGUCGGGAGUCCCCUGCUGGAAAAUAUCUUCACAGCGACAAUCGAGUGCAUGCAAGCUUUGCUCGACGUUGCCGGAGAUGCAGGAGUUAUGGCCGAUGUCGCCGGCUUCGCCUCUUUCGCCAAAACGGUGCUUCAAGCGUCAACCAUCGACGUGUUCCCUUUCCUGGUGGCAGCCCGUUUCUCUGGAAUCAUCUUUUCUUUUCUCCACUCCCUCUUCACUACGGCGCCGUUUCUCUUCCCGCCCCUCGCCGACAUCUUUGUGGCUUGGACUGCGUCGGUCUUCGAGGCGCUGGGCGCGCCUCUUCCGCUCUCGUCCUCCGCGUCUGCUCGUCCGCCUUCAGCUGAGGAGUCUAGCCAUUCUGUGGCGGCAUUCAGAAAGCUGCGCCUCGUCGCGCUCUGUCGAGCGGUCUACGCGGUUCCGUUCUUCCAACUGGGUCAGCUUGCUGGGUCGCGACGCGGUAGCUGCGCUCCGUUUGGCGAGACAGCGGGAGGCACUCAGACAAGACAGCGGAGUCGACGCGCUCUGGCCGACGCCGACGCGGGCGUUUUAGGCUUCUCCGGCCUAGAUCCAGAAAAGCGUCGAAAGAGACGGAGAGGAGGAAACAAAGAGGACGGACGGGCGCGGGGUGCUUUCAUCGACCAAGCCUCAGCCGCUUCCCUCCAAGAUGACCAGGGUCUCCUCCUCGUGCUGCGCGUCUGGCAGGACAGCUGUAGAUUCCUUGGCAUGCUUCUCAAGCUGGAAGCGUCACGUUCCUUGCGAAAUGAACUGUUUCUCACUCGUCUUCGUGGAGCGGCUGACGGCAUGUGCCUCGACAUUCUUCUCAGCGGCCUCAUGGGCCCGACCGAUUCUCUCUCACUCGCGUCGCCUCUAGCGGACAUGAUCGUUUCCGACACCCGCAGCCUAACGGCCACCCUGGAGCUCCUUCACACCUCUCUUGCGCGGGGAAGCGUGCCUCCGAGCCAACAGACGGUCGAGGCGGCCUCCACCCUCGUAGGGAGACUGAACCGCCUUAUCGACAGUAAGAGGCGAAGUCUGUGGAUGGGCGGGUCGUUCGCUGCCUCUCUCGGUUCCGGCGCGGAGGCUGACGAAGAACGCCUCUCCGGUCUCAUGGCGGCCAUCGACGGAAUCAGGAACUGUUUAUCCCUGAGGAGUGUCGGCACGGCUUCUUGCUUCCCGUCGCUUCUCUCGGACAACACAGGGAUCGGUGCCUCGCAGCCGCCUAGCCCUGUUUGGCACGCUGGGCAGUCACGGCCGGCUCUAGACGGUGGGCGUGAAAGUUCGAGCUUCGUAGGAGUGUACCAAGAAACUGUUCGGCAGCGACUGAUCCUGGGAGCUAUACAGGCGACUGAGGAGACGUACAGACAGUCGCUCGCGCGAAGAAAGGCCAAGGAGAAAGCGAGUGGUCCGCGGGACGAACCAGAGACCAGGGAAAGCGAUGACAGCAAAGAGUCAGACGGAGAGCCUGAAGCUGCGAACGAAAAUGUUGAACGGUCUCGUUCGGUCAAAGAGGACGGAGAGACGCCACGUGCUCGAGGGGAACAAAUGGGACACACGCCGGAGGACUCUCCAAAAGAGAAAGAACGCGACGGCGAGGAAGGAAAAGGACGCAAUGCUCUGGCAGAUGAAGACGAAGAAUCUGGACCCGGGGAAGAGGAACACAGUUCUAACGUAGACGAGAAGGCCAGUGAUAGCCCAGGCGUAUCUGAUGCAGAGGAAGAUGAAGACAGCGACAGCGAGGAGCUGGUGUCUCUCAUUGAGCGCAUUCGACAAAACGAAGAAGACGACUUCGACGGUCUCCAGUCUGGUGACGAUGGCGACAUGGAUUUCUGA